UUUUUGUUUCGACUGUACGUCGCUAACUCCUUUCUGCAACGUAUUCAACAAUAUAGCUAGCAAGCUAUAUAUAUUUGUGUUUAUGUAUUUGUGUGUGUGUAUAUAUAUAUUAAAUCAUCACUUGUAAACCGAUGAUGCGACUCGGAACAGUGACAGUACUGUAAAAAGCUCGAGACUUCACAGCUAGGUCACAUGAGUGAAAACAGUCAUACCCGCAUACAUCUGUGGAAAUCGAGUUAGAACAAGCUAGCCGCUUGCAAACUGCUAGCGAAGGGACUGCUAGAAGAAAAGCAUCGGAGUGUUUGGAAGCGUUCUUCGUAGUUUGGCAACGCAGUUUGAACGUUGACUACGGUCCACAUAAUGACCGACACAAAAAAUCGUCCCAUGUGACCUAGGACCCAGUGUAGCACAUGAUCCGGACCAGCAGAGCUCGGAGAAGGCUUCAAUAAUUCAAGGGUUUCAGAAUAUCCACGCUGAGCAGUAAAGGCAGAGUUUGACUGUCGCCAUGACCACCAAGUCAUCCCUGCUGAAAGUCAUCCUGCUCGGAGACGGAGGGGUGGGCAAGAGCUCCCUCAUGAACCGCUACGUCACAAACAAGUUCGACACGCACCUCUUCCACACCAUUGGAGUGGAGUUCCUCAACAAGGACCUUGAGGUGGACCACCACCUGGUCACCAUGCAGAUCUGGGACACGGCCGGACAGGAGCGCUUCCGCAGCCUCAGGACUCCCUUCUACCGCGGCUCUGACUGCUGCCUGCUCACCUACAGUGUGGACGACAACCAGAGUUUCCACAACCUGGCCAACUGGAAGAAGGAGUUCAUCUACUACGCUGACGUCAAGGAGCCUGAGAAGUUUCCCUUUGUGGUCCUGGGGAACAAAGUGGACGUGCCGGAGAGGCAGGUGUCGGCGGAGGAAGCUCAACAGUGGUGCCGGGAAAAUGGCGAUCAUCCCUAUUAUGAGACCAGUGCCAAGGACUCCACCAAUGUGGCCAUGGUGUUCGAGGAGGCGGUGCGGAGAGUGCUGGCCGUCGAAGAGAGAACGGACCACCUUGUUCCCACGGACACGGUUAACCUCCACAGAAAGCCCCGCUCCAGCACUUCCUGCUGUUGAUGCCAUGUGGGGGCCUUGAACCAAUAAGGAGCUGGGAGUGGGCUUGUUAUUGGUCUGCUGUCUCCAGUAGUGUGCCAGCUCCGGACAACGUCCAGUGGGCUCGUUGGCCUCGGGACUCUUUGAUAUAGAGGGUGCUUAAUAAGGGUCUUUUUUUCUCUCCAAUAAUUGCAUUAUUAUCCUGAUUUUUGAAUGACACCACUGUGGUUGCCAGAAAUAUAAGGUUUGCUUCCUGUUCAUUUUACACACCCAUGAAUUAAGUUCCUUUUUUGCAUAAUGCCUUUUUACACUGUGAGUGGAACUAAGGUUCAGAUGACCUGAUUAAUCUGUGAAAAUAUCAUAUUGGAUUAGUCAAUGUUUUCAGGGCUGUAUCCAGAAUGGACAGGCCUCCAAAUGUGAAACUUUCAAAGUGAGUCACUUUAAAUAACCAAUGGCCCUGAAUGGGAUUGGGUAAAGAAAAACAAAACUGGCAAACAUAAUAUAUUCAUAUUUAUAACAAAAUAAAUGUUGAUAAAAAGCUGAGUGAUUUCUAUAAUGUUGUACUCUGAUUUGAGUUUGUGCACUAGGUUCACUACUUUGUGUGGUUGGGGGGGGGGGUAAGCUUAAGUUAAGGAUUAUGACUUCUUACUUAAUACUAUUUAUUAUAGGUGCUGGUAACUGAUAAUUUUAUAAAACCUGCUGGCCAUGUGUAGUUAACAGAAGGAGCACAAUGUUGACUGGCACAUAAGAGCUUUGAUGGUGGAUAUUGAAUUAUGUUUAUAAAGAAUUUUAACUAUACUACAGUUUCAGUAAAUUAAAAAAGUACAAUUAUAGUUAACAUAUACAUUUUAAGUCAACCCAUUAUGAACUUGGACAUGCUGGAGCUGAUGUGAUAUGGCGGUGGCCAUGAUUGACCAAUAUCAUACACUGUAUGUAGCCACAUGUUUGUAUUUUUACAGAUGUGCAAUCUAACAUGCAUUUAUGUACAUUAAUGGAGUUUUAUUUUUAGUAAAACCAUCGAUUCCAACAUUUUAUAAUAUUGUUUGUCACAAAUUACUUGUGUGUAUAUAGUCUAAUUUAGGUUGCGCUAAGGAAAAUGCUGUCUUUACUUAUCAUGUAAUGUAGCUACCACAGUGUUGCCUUGUAUGACUAAAAUGCAAGUUGAUUUGAACAUUUUAUUUGAUUAAAAACUUUUCAUGAGUGGUCUUUCAAAAA